AAUGUGCAGGCCAUAGCCUCUGGCGACCUCAUUGACCUUGUUUCUUCUUCCGGCUCAGCGACUAUCUAUCCAACUGACGACGCUAUUCUAGCUGUUUUACAAGUCAGGUUUAGAGCUGAUUUACCGUAUACUCGCGCCGGAGCCACCAAUCUUGUUGCAAUUAAUCCAUAUAAAACUCUAGCGAGUGUUAAUAACGCCAGUGCAAAGGAAUACGAGGAACGAUCGUAUAAAGACACUAGUUUACCAAUGGUUGACUCAGCAAAGCUUCUACAGCCACAUAUUUACGACCUUGCUGCGAGGAUGUAUCUAGUGAUGAGGAGAAGGAAUGAGUCGCAGGCAUUGCUCGCGAGGGGUAUCACAGGUUCUGGAAAGAUUUCAAAUCUUCGUCUUUUUACCAACCAGAUCCUCAGGCUGUCCAGUCAUUCGAGCAAAGAAGCCAAAAUCGCAGAGCAAGUCAAAGCUCUUGGAAUCGUUCUCGAAUCAUUUGGUAACUCGAAAACGCUCAUGAACCCAAAUGCUUCACGACACAGUCGAUAUACUGAGCUGCAUUUCAACGAGCGAGGAAGAAUUGCUGGUGCCAAAGUCCUUACUUUCGGACUCGACAAGUCUAGACUCAAUCGCCUUACUCAGGAAGAACGGUCUUUUCACGUCUUCUAUCAAUUCAUUGCUGGAUGUACGUCCGCUGAACGAGAUGCACUCAAUAUUGAGGAUCCCUCGAACUAUGCCCUGUUAGCUUCUUCGGGUACCUACAGGCUUCCCGCGGCCAUUCUUCUUCUCGGCAACCUCGAAUUUGGUGAAGGUGAUUUUCACACCGUUUCCGCUCACGUUACCAAUGUCGAGGUGCUCGACCACGUAUCUCGUCUGCUCGGAGUCUCCUCCGAAGACCUCUCGCAGGCUCUGACGAACAAGACGAGCUAUGUGCGCAAGGAACUUUAUACCGCUUUGCUGAACGCGCAGCAGAGUGCUCUUCAACGAGACCAGCUUGUCCGGGAUCUCUAUGCCAUCAUGUUCGCUUUUGUUGUCGAAACAGCGAAUCACAAGGUUGCUCCGUCAUCCAAAUCACCCCCUCCGCACAGCCAGAUUGUUUUGCUCGACCAACCCGGAUAUCAGUCUCGCGGUGUAACCGGAACAAGUUCCGUCGCUCUUUCGGGUAAUGCUCCUCUCAUAUCCGCUUACGGCCAAAACGGCUUUGACGAGUUUUGCAUCAAUUUUGCCGAUGAAAUGCUCCAGUCGUACUUCACGCGCCAAACGUUUGACGACACCGUUGGGUAUAGUAAUCAUAUUGUCAGCGACGGCGUGUCGAUCCCGGCGAUAUCAACAACGGAUAAUACGGCGUGUGUGGAGAUGCUUCGAGGGCAGUUGCCGGAUAAGGUGCAGCGGAAGCCUGGAGGGCUCUUGUCGCUGAUGAACAAGGCUCCGUCUGCUCACAAGCAGGGUAAGGGUAACAGUGAUCAGCGUAAUGAAGAUUUGUUGCAGGAAAUGCAAGCUAAAUUCGGCGUGCAUGCAUCCUUCGUCGCUACUUCUGGUAACGCAAACCGUAUGCAGUUUGGUGUCAACCACUAUGCUGGGGUGUGCAUGUAUGACGUUUCAAACUUUGUAGAAAAGGACACAGACUUGUUUGAUCCGGCUUUCGUCCCACUGUUGAGGAAUUCCAGUGAAAGCUUUGUCGCCAAAUUAUUUUCUGGCCCAAGUUUGGCAGCGGAGAAGCACUACAAGGACGAGUCAAUCGUUGUCCAAGCACAAGUCUCCUCCAGACCACUGCGUACCCUCACACCAUUCGUUUCCUCCAAUUUCACAGGAGAAGGCGAACGUACUUCAGAAGAUGCCCAAGAACACCUCGAGCUCGACAGAGGUAAAUCCUACCCUGUUACCACUCAAAUCAACUUCACUCUUUCCGAGCUCUUUGCCAACAUCUCCAAAGCCCGUCUCUGGGCAUUGUCUUGCAUUCCUCCGAACGACUCCGGCUCACCAAAUUCUUUUGACAAACGCCGAGUCAAAGCUCAAAUUCAUACGAAUGGGUGGAUUGAGGGUGUAGAUUAUGUUGUUGACCACCGCUCGAUAUGGCUUUCGUACUCCGUUUGGAAGAUGGUAGAAGAUACUGUUCGGGCUGUAGAAAAAGACGCCAAGAGGGCUUUAGGGGACGCAGGCAUGAAAAUGGACGAUGACGAGGACAUCAGUGUCGCACCGGACGAUGGCACAGAAUACACGCAUGAAGGAGGAGGUUAUCGUUAUGGGGGUGUUGGAUCCCAAAUGGAUGGUGGUGGACUCGGAGCGAGUAAUGAUGACUUGGUAUUGAGGAGGACAGGAACAAACGGAACUCAACAUCGUUCCCCUAAUCAAGGUUCAGCAUACAAUGCUCUACCGGCCCCGAGUUCCCCAGCUCAAAUGUCGACGCCGAACGCGUUCAGAGGCCAGGCGGAUGAUGGCGGUUGGGGAUCCGAAUGGGAUAAGAAGGAUGAGUCGUCAGUUACGGGGACAGGUACAGUCCCUGCUGGGUCAUCUGUCAAGGAAGGUGAUGGUCUUGUCGUCAAAGACGCUCCAGACUCUGUCGAAGAAGUUCCUUCAACAAGGAGCCGGAGAUUCUGGCUUGGAACUGUCUGGGCUUGUAUUUGGUUCAUUCCCUCGUUUUUGCUGACGCAUGUUGGGCGGAUGAAACGACCUGAUGUUCGGCUUGCAUGGAGAGAAAAGGUCACUAUUUGUUUCCUCAUUUUGCUUCUCAACGGCAUCGUCAUUUUCUACAUUGUCAUUUUUGGCCGGUUACUUUGCCCCGACUAUGAUAAUGCAUGGUUGACGAACGAGGUCGCAGAACAUACUGCAGAUAAUGACUACUAUGUCGCUAUUCAAGGAAAAGUCUACGAUGUCUCAAACUUCGUUCAAGGCCAACACAGUGAUAUCGACGGAGAGGACUCCAACUCCGAUGAUGUCCUGGAAGCGCUUGCUGGACUGGAUUUGACAUAUUACUUCCCAGUUCCUCUUGUCCUCGGCUGCGGUAAUCUCGGUCCGACCUCAACGAUGAAGCUGUCGUUCAAGAACUUCACUGAAACUGAGCCGACUGCGGAUCAUUCGUCAGGAGAGUUCGCUCAAUCUACGACGAGCCAGCUUCAUAAUUCGGAUUGGUAUACUGUGACGUUCCAACCCGUCAUCAAUCAGUAUCACAUUGGAACACUAGUUCACAGUUGGGAUGAGAUACAGUCCUAUGCAUCAGAUGAAGACAUUGAAUAAAUGGAUAUCUACAUUACCAAAAAUUGACAAUAUUUGUUCAGGAUCUGGGGUGUCUAUAACAACAAUUAAGCUCCGAUGAAAGAUAUUCACUAGCGGACCCCUGCGGGGCACGACAAACCUUGCUUGAUGUAUGUUUUCUUCUCUCAAACCAUUUUUAUUCACUCAUAGG